UGCAUCCUAAUCAGAGCAGUGGUCGAGUUGUAAACACUGUAAUCUUUAAUCUGGGAAAGCAUCAGCUGGAUCGUAUACUGUCACGCAAGUUGCUACAUGUGACACAUCACGAAGAGCACUUUGUACCAUGAAGUUCAGCACAUUUUUGCUUUUUUCCCCCACUCCUUUAACAGUGAGUGUUGAGCUAAGCUGUGACUAUAUGCUGCGUCCUAAUGACCUAGUGUUGAGUUAUGAGGCUGUCAGGCUUCCCCAUACUGUAAAUAUAACAAAGGAGAGGACCUCUGCCACACUCAGAGCAGACAAGAGAAAGAAAUAGAGAUUGAGAGAGGUAGGACAGGAGGGUGCAUGUGGCGGAUGUGGUUGUUUAACAGGAUGCAGUGUGGUGUUUGUGAGAAUGUGACAAUCACAUUUCAGAGAGUAGUACAUGAAUGAAAGACGUCCUAUGCAGCAGCAAGUCAUCAAGGGGGGAAUUUAUCUGUCUCUCCCUCAUUAUUACAAUCAUAACUCAGCAAGCGUUUUCUCUGAGGGUGAAUAUGAUGAGUAGAGAAGACUUCAAACUCCACUACAUACCGCUAAAAAUGUAAGAUUAUAGAUAGUGGAGAGAGAAGGGCACGCUUUGAGCCCAACAGCGUGAGCCUGGUUUUUGGAGUGGCUCCCUCUGGCCUUGGCAACCGUUCAUCACCACGCCUUAAGCAGAUCAGGAGCAGGCGUGACCAUCUGUGAAGAGAAGUAGAGGAAUGUUCCUGGUACUCCAGCCGUAGCCUGCACUGGCCAGUCUGCAGCGAGAUGGGCUCAGAGGAACACAGUACAGCCAUGUCACAAAAGAUAUCCUCCCUGUCGCGCAGCAACAGCAGCUCCUCGUCCAAAUAUGACAGCCGACAGGACAGCUGGGAAAUAGUGGAGGGCCUGCGUGGAGGCUUCAGCAAUGUCCUGGAGCCCCAGAAACAGGAGGGCUACAUGCUGAAGAGGAGAAAGUGGCCUUUGAAGGGCUGGCAUAAGAGAUACUUUUUCCUGGACAAGGGCAUCCUGAAGUAUGGCAAAUGCAGUGCUGAUAUUGAGAAAGGGAAGCUGCAUGGCUGCAUCGACGUGGGUCUCUCUGUCAUGGCCAUUAAGAAGAAAGCCAAGUGCAUCGAUCUUGAUGCAGAGGAAAACAUUUAUCACCUGAAGAUUAAGUCACAGGAGCUGUUUGAUGAAUGGGUGUCCAAACUGCGUCACCAUCGGCUCUAUCGGCAAAAUGAGAUUGCCAUGUACCCUAACGAGAAGUCCUUCUACUAUCCCCACUACCCAUCCCCCAACUCCCCUAGCGUGGCUGAGAGUGCCUCUAUCAGAAAGUGCAUGUCUAUACGAAGGCAGUCCACAGUUCAUUCUGCAGCAGCCUUCCCUUUAAGCUGCAACAGCCAGGCCAAAGUGGCAGCCUGGCUCCAGUCAUCUGACGACAUGGGCAAGUGCUCCAAAGAUUUGUCAGUCUGUGAGGCCUACCUGCUGGAGCUCAACCACCUGCUUCAGAGUAUGGAAGUCCUCCACCGUACCUAUUCUGCUCCAUCUAUCCAAGCACUGCAGGCAUCUACAUUCGACAGCCCCAAGAAGGAAAAGAGACUUCCAAGGAAAUGGCGCACUAAAAACUACAACAAAGAUGUCAAAACUACUCUGCAGGUACCCAGCUGCAUUUCCACGGGCUCUAUCCGCCUCCAUGCCUCUAACCCCAACCUCUCCACCGCUGCACUCGGCAAUGACAAGGCCGACCCUGAAUCUCUGGAUUCCCCUUUUGACGUGGCCAAGCUGCAGGAGGACUUUUGCCGUGUUGCCACCAAUUUGCAUGCAACCAUGAAGUCAGCCCUGAGUUCACUAACAUCUGAGAGAGCGAGAUUAAAACAAUGUCUGGACCACGAAACAUGUCCCCCUACCUCACCACAGGUUGCUGGUUUAAAGAACUCACUGGCAACGGCUUUAGCCGAGAACUCUGAGCUGAGAGAGCGCCUGUGCAAGAUUCAUGCUGAGUCCCACAUCGUAGAGCCCACACUAAUAAAUCUCACUGCCCCUGCGCAGAAACAGGACUCUGUUGACGAAUCCCAUCCCCUCGUACACCAAGUGUCCAAUGAGAGCAGAGCUUCAAUCACAGAGUCCUUGUCCGAGUUCUUUGAUGCACAGGAAGUUCUGUUGUCUGCUAGUUCCUCUGAAAAUGAGGUAUCAGAGGAUGACUCAUACAUUAGUGACAGUGACAAUAUUUCGAUGGACUACUUCAGCAACGAGACAGAAAGUGAGAGACAAAACUCAGGCUCUGUGGAAGAAGGCACUGUCCUUUGUCAGCGUAGAUCCUUUCUGCCCUCGCCCAGCCCCAACAACAGCACCAUCAGCCUAUGGAACAUCCUCAGAAACAACAUCGGCAAAGACCUGUCCAAAGUGGCAAUGCCUGUGCAACUUAAUGAGCCGCUCAACACCCUGCAGAGACUGUGUGAGGAGCUGGAGUGCAGCGAACUGCUAGACAGGGCUGCUAACACACAGGACCCUUUUGAACGUAUGAUAUACAUAGCUACAUUCGUUGUAUCUGGCUAUGCAUCCAGCUACUACAGAACUGGGGGAAAGCCUUUCAACCCCGUCCUGGGAGAGACAUAUGAAUGUGACCGGCCAGAUAAAGGCUUUCGAUUUGUUGCAGAGCAGGUCAGCCAUCACCCACCGAUCUCAGCUUGCCAUGCAGAGUCUAAAAACUUCAUCUUCUGGCAAGAUGUGAGGUGUAAGAACAAGUUCUGGGGGAAGUCAAUGGAGAUUGUUCCUGUUGGUACCACUCAUGUAACUCUGCCAGGAUUUGGAGACCACUAUGAGUGGAAUAAGGUGACGUCCUGCAUCCACAACAUUCUCAGUGGACAGCGCUGGAUUGAGCACUAUGGGGAGAUCUCCAUCAGAAACUCCAGCAGUGAUAUUUGUCAGUGCAAGAUCACUUUUGUUAAGGCCAAAUACUGGAAUUCAAGUAUGAAUGAGGUGGAGGGAACUAUCACAGAUAAUAAAGGGAAGGUCAUCCACAGACUCUUUGGAAAGUGGCAUGAAGCAGUUUUCUGUGGAGACCCGCCCUCAGCCACAUGCAUAUGGAGAGCAAAUGCAAUGCCAGUAGACCAUGAGCAGUACUAUGGUUUCACCAAGUUUGCUAUCGAACUGAAUGAGCUAGACCCAUCCCUGAAACUGCUACUACCACCCACAGACACCAGACUACGUGUAGACCAAAGACUGCUGGAGGAGGGGAACUGGGAGGCUGCAGAGGAGCAGAAACAGAGGAUUGAACAGCUGCAGAGAGAGAGACGGAGAGUCCUGGAGGAGAACAACGUAACACAUCAACCUAAAUUCUUCAGGAAGUCAAAGGAUGAUACCUGGGUGAGCAACAACACAUACUGGGAGCUGAGGAAGGACCCUGACUUCACCCACAUAGAUUUUCCUAUGCUGUGGUGACCCCUGAACUGCACAUCACACACAUGUCGACCUGCACAGCCUCUACUGUGAUCCUGGCUGGUUGUGGUGAUGUCUGUAUCCCAGUCUUACCAUCCACAUUCAGCACUGAUCUUCUUUAUUGCAGUUCAUCAAAGUUACUGCCUUAAUAACAAGUGCAUAUAUAAGUUGUGUAAACAUGUUUAUGCAAACAUAUUAUGAGAAUGCUGAUACAUUUUGGUAAAUUUUGCCCAUAUUUUCACCUGAUGUGUUACACUGCACCACUUGUAAAAGGAAAACUACUUGGUAUAAAGGAUGAUAAAUCCUUAUCAUAACAGGUCUACACUAGCUUAAAAUGUACUGAACAACUGGUCACUUUAGCUGUCUUCUUAUCAUGGACAUUCUCUACCUCUGAGAUAAACUAGCUUUGAUAUGCCAUUAAAUAAGUGUACACAUCUGACAUGUAGUCUGCACCUGCCUGAUGCCUUACUUGUUGUACUCAUAUUGUUUAAUUUAUUUUUGUUGCAUUUCUGAGAUCUUUAAAAAAAAGUUUUGUAAGGAAUUCUUAAGUCCAAACAAUAAUUGUUCAAAUGAUCUUUAAAUCCUUACUCAACUUUUCUCUCAUAACAGUAAUUACUGCUUUUUGCUAUGACUGUGUGAAUGAUUGUGCAACUAUGAGCAGCAGUAGCAAAGCCAUUUUUCACUCUAUCCAUUGCACCAUUGUCUACCUGGACCCUGGGCUUUGGGACCAAAAGUAUCCAAAACGAUGCUCCAAGAGCUCUAAUAAAAUCUCUGAUGCUUUCUU